AUGUCCGACGCCCAAGCCGCCCAGGUUACAGAGAAUGGCGUGCCUCCGGCUGCGCAAGAGUAUGUCAUCGAAGAAGCUCCCCCAUUCAAAGUCUUCGCUGGCAAUCUUGCGUACUCUACAACGGAUGAAGGGCUCAAGACUUUCUUUGCCCCCGUACAGAGCGACAUUAUCACAGCUCAGGUCAUCUUGCGGGGUCCCAGAUCAGCAGGUUAUGGCUUUGUCGCAAUGUCCAGCGCAGAGGCUGCUCAAAGAGCUGUUGACCUCCUCAAUCUAGGAGAGCUCGAUGGCCGCAAGGUAAUCGUCGAGAUUGCCAAGCCAGCCGACCAAAAGGACAAAGAAAAGAAGGAGAAGAGGGCCAAGAGGAGACCCAACAGGCGCGGUGCCAAGGCCGUUCCUGGUGAAGUCACCGACGCUGAGGCAAAUGGCGAAGUCAAGGCGGAGGAUGCCGCUACCUCUACUGCUGCUUUGGGCACUGACGAAGCAGCUAAGCCCAAGAGAAAAAAGAAAAAGAACAACCGCAAGUCCAGGCGUAGGGCUGCUCCUCUGGAAGGUGAAUUCUUACACGAGGAGGCUGCCCCUGCUGCAGAAGAUGCUCCUGACGUUGCCGUACCUGCACCCAGGAAACCUCGCGUCAGGAGGCCCAGGGCUCCUCGCCCACCCCGCGCUGCCGGUGAGGACCCCAUUGGCGAGCCCUCCAAGACUACCCUGUUCGUCGCCAACCUUGGCUUCAGCGUAGACGAUGACACCCUCUCUGCGCUCUUUACUGAAGCUGGUGUCAAUGUCGUUUCUGCUCGCGUGGUUCGUCGCCGGUGGGGAACACCCAGGAGGAGCAAAGGUUACGGCUUUGUCGAUGUCGGCACUGAGGAGGAACAGGCGAAAGCGAUUGAGGCUGUUCAAGGCAAGGAAGUUGGCGGCCGUGCAAUCGCUGUCAAGAUCGCUGUCAACUCUGCCCGCUAUGAAUUGGCAGACGAAGCCGAGGAGCAAGAGUCCAGGGAAGAGGGGCUUAGCAAGAGCCUGUUUGAGCACGCACAGGAGGAAGAGAAGGCCGUAGGUGGAAGCAAGGCACUGGGCAUCAUGAUGAAAAUGGGGUUCAAGGUUGGGCAAUCUCUGUCCGAGGACGAGUCUGAGCAGGGUACGUCCAGGGCUCAGUCGGAGUCUGCGGAUCUUGGAGAGGAUUUGAAAGGAAAUUUUCGACACAAGGUUGAACCAUUGCCCCUCAAUGAAUGGCGAGGGAAGCAAGGUAUUGGUCUAGGGAAGCGCGCUCGGUCACCCAGUGCCGCAGAUCGCCUCGCAAAAAUGGCGAAGAUGGCGGAAGCGGCCAAUCACGAGAGCUUCCGAGACCGUGCCCGCCGCGAAUACGAAGAACGGCGAGCAGAAGGACGCCUUUCCUCUGCACGACAGACAUGUCUCACACUGGACGAGAAGGCGGACAUUACAUUCAACGUCCUCUGUUUGGAUCCUAGCAACCCUGAUUCUAUCCCGAAGGGUCUUAUGGAUGUGCUAUCAACCCAUACACUGCAUGUAUCCCCGUUGCGCUCCGCCUCAGGGGACGCCUCCCAUGCGGCACGCCUACGCGCUCAAAUGGCAGCCGAUGCCCUGUUACCGGUUACUUUAUUGGAUGAAGAUGAAGAUGCCGACGACAGCGAAACACCCACAACAGUGGAACAAUUCCCGCAAGAAGUCAUCGAGGAAGCGGUUUACUUCUUACGGCUGGGUCCGCGGGACCGCUUAAAGCUCCUUCUUGAAUAUCUCCGGGAGAAUACUCAUACUUAUGACGAUGCUAUUGACUUGGAACGGAAUUGCCCUGGGCCUGAAGAAGAUGAUCACGACUAG